ACCUAAAGGCUAAUGGCCUUAACGUAAACGAGAACACAAUGUCUAAUGUUGUUUUUGUUACGUUAACAUUCAUGGGCGGGCCAGCUAAUUCAAUUUUACUUGACCGAAAUUGAAUGUUUGCCCAGUGUUAACCAAAUUCCCGAGCAGUAUUUUGAUUCAAGAGUCAGAAAUGGCAGCGUUAUGGUUCUAGGAAAACGAAUAACUUUGCUAACGCCACCUAGCUGGCUGGCUAACUAGCUGAAAUGCCACAGUAGUUGACAAGCUGGAAAAUAGCAUACUGUAGACGAGGAGUUAAAUGUGAGUGACGCUAACGUUAACAGCGCUUGCUAUCAAGUUCAAUAAACGGACACUAUAAGUCUGGAAGAAUCAUGUGUAUUUAAAAGCUGUGGUUAAAUGGCUAGUGUAUUGUGCCCAAUGACUUUACCUUAUCUAGUGUUGCAAUACGUCGUUAACUAUGUGAAUACUGUCAUAUAAAACGACGUGACAUUACAUGCAAACUGUCACGUUAACUAGCUGGUGUGCUAAAGUUAACGUAAUAGCCCAAUUUAUGAAGACAUUUUGUUAUAACGUUAGCUAGGUUAGCCUUGAGUUCUUUAUUUCCUAUUCUAGCUAGCUACAUGAACGGGAUGAUUUGGAAGUGACCGAGGUUGAUGCCGUGACUUUGAGUGACUAACGUGAAUUUGAGAUCCAAUAAGGGAAGUCAGUCUGGUGCGGUCAGCUGUCACUUGAGCUAACUGCUCCUCUUCCCUAGCCUCAAGUGACCGAUCGUAUGCGAAACUGUGGAAUAGAUUCGUCCAAUGAUUUGGACACAUACAGCAGUUAUGCAAUUUCGAAAGCUCGUCUGUGACAACACUGUCACGAGCGUAAAUUACCCCAUUGCUUUAUUAGGGUAGUUGAAUCAAAUCUAAGUUGCACCGGUACGGAUGUUGACGAGCCGUGGAUUCUACUCUGUUAGACGCUCAGAGUGUCAUGUGGGACUAAGAGGGGGAUGAGCAGUCAUGCUUGCUACCCAAACACCAGAAAUUGGCUCGGACACCAAAGACGUGAAACAGUGGAUCAAAGAGAAGAUCGCCCAGACCAUCAAAGCCCUACAGAAGCGCUACGUGGCGACGGACACAGCGGUAACCAGCGAGGAUGCGGAGGUCAACCUGCUGUGUUGCGCCCUGGAGGCUGUCUUCAUCCAUGGCAUCAAGAGCAAGUACAUCAGAUCAGAGGUCAGAGGUCGCGGGCGGAAAGGGGGCGGCAGGGACAGUGUCCUCCCCCAGCCGGACUUCUGGGGGCUUCUCAAGUCUGUCACUCACAGAGACGUGAUUCUGGAGCUGGAGCGCCUGAGCUUCAUCAGUUCUGGGGUGGGCCGCUGCCGGGCCUGGGUUCGUCUGGCGCUUAACGACGGGCUGCUGGAGUGCUACCUGGCCUCUCUGCUGAGGGAGGACUCCAAGCUCUCUGGGUACUACCAGCAGGGGGCGCUGCUGCUGGACCCAGAGGACCGUGAGGUGCUGCUGAGCCUGCUGCAGGGCCUGGCCUCCCUCUCCUUCCAGCUGUCCUACAAGUCCGCCGUGCUCAACGAGUGGACCGUGACCCCGCUGGCCCUCGCCGGCCUCUGCCCGUCUCCGCCGCCGCCCGCCGACCUCGCCGCGGCAGCCGGGCGCUGCCCGCCCCACGUGGCCAGCAACGGCAAGCGCAAGGAAUCCUGGGACACGGCCUCGCAGUCGUCGUCCGGGGGUUCCGACGCGGGGGUGGUGGGUCGUGGCGGCGGCGGCGGGGUGGGGAUGGAGGGGGGUGCGGAGACGAGGUCGUCCAAUCAGAGCCUGGACACGGCGGGCUCGUCACAGCUGUCCUCCAGUCUGAGCUCCGACAGCCUGCUGCAGGGGACGGAGAGGGACUCGUGGGACAUCAGCCAUGCAGACGUCAGGAGAGCAUACAGAGAAGCGAGCACAACCUCCAGUCAGGACUCCAUGAGGGAGGACUCCUACAUCUCCAGCCUCACCGGUGACCAGCUGUCUGAGAGCACAGCAUUCAGCAGCUUAGACAACGACACACACACGCCCGCUACCGACACACACACGCCCGCUACCGACACACACACGCCCGCUGCCGACACACACACGCCCGCUUCCGACACACACCUCCCAUCACCUCUUCGCACACACACACCGGGCCCCGACUCCCACCUCACAUACACUCGCAACACGAAUCGUACGUCGCCCACGACCAGUGAUGUUCCCACACAAAUCCACAUCACGCCUGUCUCACACGCCUCAGCUGAGGACACACACUCCACACCCCCCCCGAUCAGAGACACACGCCAGUCCCCCAUCGCUGGCAGAGAUGCCCCUCUCACUUCGACCCCGGCAGAUGACGCCCGUUGCAAAGACACACACCUAGGGCCGACUUCGGCAGUCGAUGCACAGCUCGCACACAUGCAGACCAUUGACACCCUCGUCACACACACACAAGCCAGCGACACACACACACACCUGCAGGUGGAGCGAAGCACUUUAACGGACACGACCGUGGAGGUUCUGAGGCAGAACAAGCGGGCGAGGAGCCCGAUGAGACGGAACCGUUCUCCUGACGGAACGUCAACGAGUCCCACCCCCGAGGAAUCUUCCAUUACCACGGCGACGACAUCUGACACCACCACCACGGCGACGACCUCUGACCCUGAGGAGAACGCAGAGGAGCCUAGUCAGCUGAUCCAUGCGUCACCAUGCCCCGCUGAGCCGGUGGUGUUUCCACGGCGAUCUGGAAGCACCAUAAGCAGACAGAGAUCAUCAGACUUCCAUAACCCCACUUCGUGGAUCUCCGAGGAGGACUUCUACAAACCCGCCACGGAAGAGUCCAGUAGCCUGACGGAUCAGCCCGGUUUCGGGGUGGCUCUGCUGAACGGGUCGCUGUCUCCGCCACCAGAACCAGAGGUCCCCCAGUCUGCCCCCAGGGUGGUCCACCGCAGACAGAUAGGUCUGUCUAACCCGUUCCGUGGGCUGCUGAAGCUGGGUACCCUGGAGCGGCGCGGGGCGGUGGGCAUGUGGUGGGAGCACCACUGUGAGCUGUCCCCCUUCGAGCUGCGCCUCUACCUGGACCCCGAGGACCGCGCCGCCUGCGACAACUCCUCCCUGCUGCGCUGCGAGGUGGCGCGUCUCCACGGCGACGACGGCCGCUUCGUGCUGGCCUUCGCCGCCGGCAAGCGGCUGCACCUGCGGGCGGGGUCGCGCGGCGAGGCCGAGGACUGGGUGGAGCGCAUCCAGGAGGCCGUGGCCAAGAUCCGCCCGGCGACCAAGCGAGGCCCCGACGACGAGUGGGAGGUUAUCCGCGCCCCGAAGGCCACCGAGAGCGAGACGUCCACGUCGCCGUCGUCCCCCUCGACGCCCACCUCCGCCCCAACCAGCCCCGCCCACGCCCCCGUGGCCCCACCCCUGCCCCCUCAGCUCCUCCCUCUGGACUGGACCCGGCCAACCGACCCCGAACCUGACGCCAUCAAAGAGGCGGUGGUCUACCAGCUGGCCUCCACGUCCACCCGGGGGCCCUCGCUCUCCCCCUGCCCGCCGCCAGAGGACCCUUCCCUGGGCUGGACGCCGCUGCUGCUCUCCCUGUCCCUGGAGGCGCUGCGGGGCUACCGCUGGCAAACGACAGCGGGCGGCGGCGGUGACGACGACGAAGACGGCGGCAGUGGCGACCACGGCCACAAAGCACCCCUCUUCCGCCACGCCAUUCAGACGGUGCGCGACGUGGUGCCCGACGCCGCCCGCGGCGGGCCCGAGUACUUCCGGGUCGUGACCUCGGACGGCGUGACGCUUACGUUGCGGGCGGAGAACGCGAAGGAGGCGCGGGCGUGGCGGGACCUCAUCCGCGGAGCGCUGGACUCCUACCUGGACACGGAGGAGGAGGGGUUGCCGGAGGGGGCAGGGCCUGUGGCCGGGGGAGGAGGCGGGGCUAUGGCAGGAUGGGCGGUGUCAGUGCAGGGAAGUAUUCAGCGAUUGGUCCAGCACCGGCUGAAGGGGGAGGCGGCGGCGCUGCUACCACACCUGUGCACCGUGCCUACAGAGAGAGGACUGGACGCCCAGAGCUUCAAAUGCACAGGCUGUAGUAAGCAGAUAGGUUUCUCCGCGGGCAGAGCCAGACUCUGUGAGUUCUCAGCUCAAUACUACUGUGAGUCCUGUCACCGCGGCGAUGCCAUUGUCAUCCCCUCUCGUCUGGUACACAACUGGGAUCUGACACCACGAGAGGUCUCCAGGCAGGUCCUUAAGCUGCUUGCUCAGAUUGAGAAUGAGCCCUUGCUGAACCUCGACCUCCUGAACCCUGACCUUUACAACCACACCGAAACCAUGGCGAUCGUGCGGACGCUCCGCCAAAAGCUCCGUCUCCUUGGCGACUAUGUGCUCCUGUGCCGCAGUGGAAUCAACAAGAAGCUGCAGGCCAGGCUAAACCAGAGGAGCUACCUGUUGGAGUCUGACCAGCUCUACAGCGUCACAGACUUAUGGCAGGUGAGAAACACACACACUCACACUCACACUCACACUCACACUUCCUCACUUUCUAACCUCUCACCUGUUUGGGCCUUCCUUAAGAUGAUGUUGGUUUGCUGUAACCUGCCGACUUAAUCAAAUUUGGCCCCGACUUCAUGUUAUUACAUUUUUUGCGUUGUUUAAUCUGCCGACGAUGAUGUGACUGAGCAGGGCAGUCAUUUCCCAGACGGCUGACGGCCAUGUCUUAGAGGUAGCAAAGAGGACCUAUUCAAAGACUGUACGACUAGAAAAAGACCAUAGGUCCUCUUUGCUAAAUUUUUUAGGGGGAAAAAAUAUU